AUGGCAACUAAUGGCGAAGAGUGCGAUCAGGAAUCUGCUGCCGCCUUGGCGGAAGCAUUACAGAGUUUCAAGAGGAGAUGUUCGGAGCGAGGUCUGCGACAUUUCGAGGUUACGAGAAGCUCAGAGGUCAAAAUCGAUCUCCUUCGGAUCCAGAGAGACCAAGAGCGCCUGAGGGCAAUGAUGAAUCUCCGACGCGUUGAGAAAUUCGUUCUGAGACUGGAGGAUUUCAGUGCCGUUUUGCAAGAUAUUUUUCAUGGGGCACAUUAUCUUUCAAUUGUUUGGGGGGCAAUGCAUUUUCUACUCCAGACAGCAUCGAGUACGCUGAACGAAGGUCUCGACAGCCUGUUGGAUGCAUAUGAGGGCCUGGGAAAGAAUAUGCCCAGUUUGAAGAAUCUAAACCCGUUGUUCACAAAGCACACUGAAGGUCGGAAGAAGGUCUUUAAGUCCGCCUGGAAGGACUUUAAUCAUACGGUCUCAACUCUCAAAGCUAGUUUGCAUACACAAAAGACUUUGAUUGAAAAUGGGUCGCGUCUACUCAACCACCGCCGAGAUACUGCUUCGAACGGAAAAGGCGAUAUUCUCACGUCUGAAGACAUUUGGAAUCUGAGCAGCAAAGUGGCAGAUUACGAAAAAGAAAACUUUACUAAACACGACGAGGCGCAGAAGGCCGAAGAAAAGAGGCGCGCGAAUCAGUUUCAAGCAGUGUUGAGAUGGGUUUGUCCUGUGCCCAAAGCGUCUGAGGACACACACCAUGACCGCUGUGCUGUACGUGACAAAUACCCGGAGACAUGCAAUUGGAUCAUGAAGCACGAUGCUGUUCACAACUGGAUGGAAGUAGAAACGCCUACACAUUCUAUCUUAUGGGUGACAGGCGGUAUGGGAGCUGGGAAAUCUACACUUGCUUCAUUUCUAGUAGAUGCGUGCAUGGACUAUCCAAAUGCCUCUACAUGCGUGGCAGUAUUUCAAAGCCUACUCCGCCAGCAGCUCAUGCACAUACGCGAAGACCCGAGAUUUCGACACCUUAUUGCCUAUCUCCACGACAAAAAAGAUGCAUCGGGCCAACAAAACCUCAGCACAGAGGAUGCAGCAAGGCCCCUGCUGGAUCUUUUUUUCGAUGUCAUCCCACACCAGUACAUCAUCAUAGAUGGCUUGGAUGAAUGUGACAAGGCCGAGAUCAGACAAUGCCUGUCGCUCCUGACACACGUCGUUUCAAGGCAGGACAACAUAGAGCCCGGAGGUCUUAGGUUGCUGGUGCUCAGCCGAGAUAUUCAACAUAUUGAAAAGCCCUUAUCAGGCGAAAAUUGCACUGCCAACAUUUUGAGAAUACGAUCAAAAGAUAACGAAGCAGCAAUAGAAAAAUACGUCAUGCAGCGCGUUGGGGAAUUUCCCCAGAGACUUGAGCUGAGCAAGGAUGAGAAGGAUAAAAUCAAGCAUCUUACAUGCAACGAAGCUAAAGGCGCAAAAGGAAUGUUCCUCUUCGCCGAAUUGGUUCUCAAUAAUCUGCAACAAGUUGUCGACAGAAUUUCACUAACUCGAGAGCUUGAGGUCCGCCGGUUCCCCAAGACUCUGCGCGAAGCCUACGGCCGAAUCAUCGACAACUUGCGGCAACAACAAGAUGAGUACAGAUGGGAAAAGACAAAGUCCAUUAUGGGUUGGCUCAUCUGCGCUGGUAGAGUCCUCCAAUGGCAUGAAAUCCAGGCGAUUGUCUCUAUUGAGCGAGAUGAGCAGUCUGUCGAGUUCAACCGUAAAAAGUUUAUACCGGACGUACAAGACUUCUGUGGCUCUCUGGUGCAUAUAAGACCCGGCAACAAGGUAGAGCUCAUUCACCACACUGCGAGCGAGUAUAUCCUUGAUAGUCAAUUCGUCAGUAAAGUUGAGGUGGAGUUCGAUUUAGCAUUGCUUUGCAUGCAGUACCUGACAUUUCCCUGUUUCGAGGGGAGUAUAACUCGGCCGACAAGGAAGAAUUUUGCCAAAGAAGGUUUCUACGCCUUCCAAGACUACGCUGUUUCCAAGUGGUUUUAUCACAUUGCCCAAGUAGUGAGAAUGUCUCGGGACGUUUUCUCGGUUGACAAAGGUAAAGCUGAAAGGUUCACAAAGAUACUAGACGACUUCAUUCACAGAUUCCAUGAGUCGAUAGAAGACGAUGAGGUGUCACAGGAAGAUACCUCAGGGUCCAGCUUGUCCAUCAGGACCAACCCGAAAGAAAUAGAAGAGCACGCUAAGGCGGAGUGUAAAGAUGUCGAGGAAGCCACUUUUCACCCCAUACUGCUCCAUCUCUGGAUCCACAUCUCGCGGCACCAGAAGAAGAACAUCGAAGAGAGGAACAAGCCCAGCCUAGAGGAAAUGGAAGAAAUGCUAUCAGAAAACCGCAAUGUGAUCGAAGAAUUGGUAGCCAACGCCACAGGUGACGAAGCCAGCGAUUUGACGGAGUAUUACGGCAAAAACGUUUUCAAGUGCCCCCGCACACACUGCGACUACUUCUACGAAGGUUUCGAGGAUGUAAACAAGCGCGAUCAUCACAUCAACAGGCAUGACCGGCCUUUCGAAUGUACCGUGCCGGGGUGUCAAAUCGGUGGAGCGGGUUUCAUAUCCAACAAGGACCUCGACCGACACAAGAAAAACUAUCACAUGGGGGUGAGCGACGAACCCGCGGCAUUUCCGCAGCUGAGCAACAAGAAGAAGAGCAAUGAAGCCCGAUUUCCGUGCGAGAUUUGUGGGCAGCGGUUCACCAGGAAAAUCAAUCUCACCGGACACACGCGGAGUCACUUUGGGGAGCGCCCGUAUGGAUGCCAAAACUGCGGUAAGAAAUUCACGAGGGUGAAUGAUUUGAGAAGGCACGAGAAGCUUCAUCUGAGGAAAUGA